UGUUACUACAAAUAAACACAAAAAGAAAUAAAUACCCAGAAAUCACGAAUCGGCUUGGGUUCUCCAACUUGUUUUAACCGAUAGUGAAGAUACGAGAUGAGUGUCAAAACUAAAAUCAAGAAAGGUUAGGGUUAUCGAGACUACGAGACUUCUAAGUUUUUACAGCGCAGUGAUAGUUUGUUGUGGUGAUGUGAUAGCCAAUAAUUAUGAGGCUGACCUAUGUUGUUUUUAUACUAUUGGCCGUAGCUCAAAAGAUAAAAGGGGCAAUAGAAUCCCCCUGUCCAAAAAUAUUUGUUUUUGAGCCAGACAAAUCACUUGAUGAUAGAUGGUAUGGACUGAUUUCGUUAAGCACGAAAAGGGAUAUAAAAAGUAUUACCUUAGAAUUGGAAUUUGACAAAUCGAUUAUACAAUUAGGGAAUUGGCUAGGCGCAGUAACAUCGGAUGACGACAACACACAAUUUACUAUAAGGAAUAACAACCAUGAAAUAAAGGCCGGCCAAACGUUUAAGGCAGAAAUUUACGUAGUCUACGAUCCCUACUAUGACUUAGAACCUCCACGAUUAGUGAGAAUUAAGUUUAACGGUAGAGAAAUAUGUCCUCAUUACGAAGAGGAAAAAGUUAGUACUACAAUAGUGGUUGCUUCCGAUGAUUUUAAGAAACCAACCAUUCUGUUAAAUAUUAACGUACCAAGAUGUGGAGUAACUAUAGCAACUCAAAUUGAAUUGAUUACUCAUGGACAGUAUACAAAACCAGGACAGUACCCCUGGCAUGCCGCACUCUACCGAAAAGAAGGACAGGAGAGAAUUUACAUAUGCGGUGCUUCUCUAAUUAGUGAGCAACACGUAAUCACAGCUGCUCAUUGCACUACUAUCGACACUCAAACACGUAAUCCUAACGACAUGGUUAUUAUAUUAGGCAAAAACGGAUUGUGGGUAGAUGGUCAAAAUGAACAAACAUUUCAGGCUACCAAAAUAAUUGUCCACGAAAGCUUCAACAGGUCAAAUUUUUUCAACGAUAUAUCUAUAAUAAAGCUAGACAGACCAAGUCAAUAUACCAAAUGGGUAAGACCUAUAUGUUUAUGGGAAGAGGGUACUUCUCUUGAUACUAUCGUCAAUCAUACAGGUACAGCCGUUGGAUGGGGUAGCGAUCACAAAAACAAUCCAACAACGGAUCUUUUAAUGCAAGCACAAAUGCCAGUCAUAGAUACCCUAAAAUGUAUAAGGGCGUAUCCAGAGUUUUACUCAAUAUUUACCGACACAACCAAUUUUUGUGCUGGAUAUGGAAAUGGUACAUCCGUAUGCACAGGUGACUCAGGAGGAGGUCUUGCUUUCCCAAAAACGGGAUCAAAUGUCUGGCAACUACGAGGAAUUGUUUCCAAUACAGUAGCUAAACAAGGUACCUGUGAUCCAAAUUACUAUGUAAUCUUCACAGACGUAGCUCAAUAUUUAGAAUGGAUAGCUAAAAAACUUAAAAUGUAGUCUUAAUCAUAAUUAUACAAAUAAAUUUAAUGUCUUUUUAUACUUUAA